GACAUGUUUAACAAUCUUCUUUGGGCCUUUAUAUCCAACCUGCAUGAGUUUCAGCAGCGUUUCCAAUUAUCUGAUGCCCACAUUAUGUCCUUGGGCGUAUUAGUCCUUGUUCUGCCAAUGAUCUUGCUGUUCCUCAUCUUUAGUGUAAUAAAAGGUGUAGGAACACAAACUGGAACUGGAACUGGAACAACAGCGAGAGCCAUCCCCUCGGGCAACAGCAACAACAUUAACGCAUCGAAAGCAGCUUCAAAAGAUGCUCCAGAAACCAGUAUUGAUCAUCGGGAUCAAGUAGAAGCUACGUCCAUCUCCACGUCUACAUUGAAAUUUGAUGGAAAUAGCAGCGAGAAACGUUCUUGGGGUACAAUGCUUGGAUCCACGGGUUUUUAUGGAGGAGAAAUAUUGAACUACAAGCGCAUUGAUAUCUAUGCUGCGCUGAAGGAAGCCGAAAAUGAUAUGCCAAAGACAAAGAAAGAGACGUACAGGGAGGACAUCUCGUGGGGCUCUAGACUUGGAGCAAUGGGAUUUAUGGGUGCAGAGUCAUCAUUGGAUUUUGUGGCCCAUGAGCAUUUAGCAGACAAAGAUCUUGGUAAACUCUUGACUGCUCCUUCAGCUACUACUUCCACUACUGCUACUGCUGAGGCGACUCAAACAAAGAAACGUAUCAAGUUGGACCUUGACGAAACCGAUUCCUGGCCUGCUAUGUUGAACUCGAUUGGGUUUAUCAGCAAGGUCGAUCGCUUGAAUUUGAAACCUUACGAGAACCUUCUUUAUAAUGACUUGAACCACUUUAUCCGUGACUGCAGCUUUAAUCCUCCACGCAGAUCAAGCAAAGCUUAUCAUGGCAUCAUCGCCACUAAGGUUGAAGACUUGACUGUAAAUGAAGAUGACCUGGUUCAACAGGCUAUGCUAGAGGCUGUUGAAGGCGACCCUAGGGCUGUUUCCUCUUACAAGCCCAAGGCAGUCUCCAGAAAGUCAUCUGUCAAUGAAAAAGACUUAUCUGUCUCUUGCGACAUUUCUGAACACCAUCCUUCUAAGCCUAACAGAACAGCUGAGGAAAGAGAAGAAAGAGAAGGGGAAAGCGAGGGAUUAAAGGAAUUCAGCACAGCGCCCUCAAGCGAGAGUCAUAAUCAUACUAAUCGUGACAACGAAGUUGAUACUGCUCACGAGCAAGAGAACCUGACACAAAAACACGGUGCCAUUAAGACAGUUGGCAACGAUAAGGGCCAUCGCUCUCAUCAUGACCAUCAUUUGGUUAUUCACCCGCAUGAUACAGUACAAAUGGUGAAUAGCAAUAACAUUGAUCAACACAACCAGCAUAAGCAAGCUAAAAAGGAGAACCCAAUGUUGCUGACUGGAAUUGUAACGACCACUACGUUUGGAGGGGAGCAACAGGAGCAAGAGCCACAAGAGUAUACACUGGAUGAAAAUGGCAAUAAGGUCGCGGUGGAUUUGCGCCGAGAUUCUGGAUUUGAUUCAACUUGUUGAUAAAUGGAAAAAUAAUAAUAGCAA